UCAUUAUUAGUCGCCUCGGCCAAAACGUGUUCGUCAUAUAUGAACGACAGUACAGAUAUUUGAGAAAAUAUCGUUAUGUUGGAAUGUAGUACGGAGUAAUAAAUGACAUUCAGUGGAAUCUUAACACUUUAUCAUCUUUAAACCUGCAUCAGAACUACAGCAGCGGCUCUCGUUAAUGUGAUUGUUGCCCGGUGCUUUAUCAGUCCAGCGGCAUGAAUCAUGGGUAUGGUAAUAGACGUGGUCGGAGAGGAGGAGGUCGGCGUUUCGGAGAUGGAGGUUCCAGAUGGGAUGAAGGGGCUGGAUCCAGUGGAGGUGGAGGAUACACGAGGAACUCCGAGUGGGACUCAAGGGAAGAGCGGGGACAUGGAGGGGAACGAAGAGGAGGAGGAGGAGGAAGAGGCAAACAUCCACCCCAUUUGAAGGGUCGAGAAAUAGGACUGUGGUAUGCCAAGUAUGGAGGAAUUAAAAGAUCUGAGGCAGAGAGGAAAUCUAGGGCUGUUGUUCAGAUGGAUGAACAACGAGAGCAGCACAUUACACAGCUGCUGAACUCUGUCCAGAGAGAUGCAAGCAGAGAUCCGCACCCCUCCACAUCUCAGAACUGGAGGGUGAAGGAGGAGCCCAGUGGCCACAGUUACUUUGAUGGAGAUGAUCCUCCAGAACCUCAGAACAUUGUAAAAGUGCCAAAAAUUGAGCCUAAAGAGGAGAAACAGGAGAAUGAGGAUGAGUUGGGAGCAAGUGUGAAAGAGGAACUUAAUGACACUGACCUGGAGUACUUAUUCCAAGAUGUUGUGCGGAUACCCUCCCUGGAUGAGGAGCUAAAGAAAGAUAAGCAGAAGAAAAAAGAUAAUGCUAGAUACCUUGAUAUGCUGAAAUUCAGAGAGAAGCUGCCUUCCUAUGGCAUGAGAGAGGAGCUGGUUAGGCUAAUCAAUGCUAACCAGGUACUGGUAAUCAGUGGAGAGACUGGCUGUGGGAAGACCACCCAGGUUACUCAGUUCAUCCUUGAUGACUUCAUUCAGAGGGGCAUGGGCUCUCUCUGCAGGGUGGUUUGCACACAGCCAAGGCGUAUCAGCGCCAUAUCUGUUGCAGAGAGGGUGGCUGCAGAACGGGCAGAAUCGGUGGGAGAGGGGAAGUCCUGUGGGUAUCAGAUCCGUCUGCAGUGUCGGUUACCACGGAAACAAGGUUCAGUGUUGUAUUGUACGACGGGCAUUAUUCUUCAGUGGCUCCGCUCAGAUCCAUAUCUCUCAAGCGUAAGUCAUCUGAUCCUGGAUGAAAUUCAUGAGAGGAGUCUUCAGUCUGAUGUUCUUCUCAGCAUCGUGAAGGACCUGUUAACUGCUCGAGAGGACCUAAAAGUAGUCCUCAUGAGUGCCACGCUUAACGCGGAAAAAUUCAGCAAAUAUUUCAAUAACUGUUCCAUGAUCCAUAUUCCUGGAUACACAUACCCAGUGAAAGAGUACUUACUGGAGGAUGUGGUGGAAUUACUUAGGUUCAAGCCACAACAUCAGGACCGCAGACCUCGCUAUAGGAGAGGAUUUAUGCACGGCCAGAAUGUACGACCAGAGAAAGAACAGAAAGAGGCUGAAUACCGCGAGAGCUGGCCAUGCUUCGCCCGUACGCUCAGAGAUCGGUACUCAGACAGCACCAUUGAUGCGCUGGAGAUGAUGGAUGAUGAUGACAAGAUCAACCUGGAGCUUAUCGUAGCAUUGAUCAGACACAUCGUGAUGAAAGAAGAUAAUGGAGCGAUUCUGGUGUUUCUGCCUGGAUGGGACAACAUCAGCACCCUGAAUGAUUUGCUCAUGGCUGACCAGAUUUUUAAGUCAGAUCGGUUUAUGAUCAUCCCCCUCCACUCUUUGAUGCCCACAGUGUCUCAGACUCAGGUGUUCAAAAAGCCGCCUCCGGGAGUGCGCAAGAUUGUCAUCGCUACCAAUAUUGCAGAAACCAGUAUCACAAUAGAUGAUGUCGUGUAUGUGAUAGAUGGAGGGAAGAUAAAAGAAACUCAUUUUGACACCCAGAAUAAUAUCAGGACCAUGACAGCAGAGUGGGUGAGCUUAGCCAACGCCAAACAGAGGAAGGGCCGUGCUGGCAGAGUGUCUCCUGGGAAAUGCUAUCACCUGUAUAAUGGACUGAGGGCCAGCCUUCUGGAUAACUACCAGUUACCUGAGAUCCAACGCACUCCACUGGAAGAGCUUUGCUUGCAAAUAAAGAUACUGAAGUUGGGACCCAUUGCAUCAUUCCUGCGAAAAACCAUGGACCCCCCGGCGGACAAAGCGAUAGAACUGGCCAUCACACACCUGGUGGACCUGAAUGCCCUGGACCGGAAUGAAGAGUUAACUCCAUUAGGAUUUCAUCUCGCCCGCAUGCCUGUAGAGCCUCACAUAGGAAAAAUGAUUCUGUUCGGGGCUCUUCUGGGCUGUUUGGACCCUGUGCUUACCAUUGCGGCCAGCCUUAGCUUUAAAGAUCCCUUCUUCAUACCACUGGGAAAGGAGAAGAUUGCGGACAAGAGGAGGAAAAUCCUCUCCCGAAACUCUAGAAGUGAUCAUCUCACUAUUGUCAAUGCAUUGUGGGGCUGGGAGGAUGCUAAGAAACAGGGCAGCAGGUUUGAGAAGGAAUACUGCUGGGAAAAUUUCCUAUCUGCCAACACGCUACAGAUGCUUCAAAAUAUGAAGGGUCAGUUUGCAGAGCAUCUUUUGGCAGCUGGCUUUGUGAAUAGUAAGGACCCUAAAGAUCCCAGCUCUAACAUCAACUCAGAGAAUGAGAAGCUGAUUAAGGCUGUGAUCGUAGCAGGUUUGUAUCCUAAAGUGGCCAAGAUUCGCCCCAACCAUAGUAAGAAGAGACCAAUGCCAGUGAAGGUUUACACUAAGGCUGAUGGGAAAGUUUGUAUCCACCCUAAAUCUGUCAAUGCAGAGGAAACACAGUUCCACUACACGUGGCUCAUUUAUCACCUGAAGAUGAAGACCACCAGUCUCUUCCUCUACGACUGCACCGAAGUUUCUCCAUUUUCAUUGUUGUUUUUCGGAGGGUAUAUUUCCAUCCAGAGGGACCAGGACCAAGAGACAAUCGCCGUGGACGAGUGGAUUGUGUUUCAGUCCCCGGCACGCAUUGCGCACCUGGUCAAAAGCAUUCAGUUGGGGGUUGGAAUUUUUAUUGGGGGGGAGGUAAAAAAUCCACGCCCUGUGGUCUGGAAUGACCGGAGAUCUAAAGAUUGUGCUGUUCUCUCUGCUAUAAUCGACCUCAUCACAACACAGGAAACCCCUGCUGGAGGCCCCAGGAGAGGCAGCCAGUGAGCACCAACCAAGAGGAGCUUUAUUUAUUUGAAUGACAUUCAACUGAGACAUAGAGAAAGUGAUCUGCUCUCACAGCUGUGUGAUGUGACUCAGUGAUACUCUUUAUCAGUUCUUGUAGGUGUUUGAGUAAAUACCUAUAGCAUCCGAAAUAAGAAACAGCUUUUUGGCACUUCUUUUUUUUUUUUUUUUUUUUUUUAAAGGCAUUGGCUUAUUAUUGUAUACUUUUCUUUACAGUAAUUUAUUAAAUUUGCCAUUAUA